AUGAAGUUUGCAUCAGAUUCAGUUGGAAUGAUUGCUAGCGUCUUGAGUUGGAAACGAGCCUCAACCUCUCGAGUUCAGCCAAACACUGAACAAAGUGCCAUUUGUCGGGAAUCCCACUCCAGCAACGGCGCUACUGAUUGCGAUAAAGGGCUUUAUCUUGACGCAGCUCUAUCAUGCGAGCCGAUACUCAUACAUGUCGGCUUUCCUGUCCCUGAACGUGACUCAAAAUUUCACAGCAAUACUCUGGCCCUCACUACCAUAUACUCCACUCCCGCUCACUCUGCUGGCACUCAGUUAGCACUCCAAUGGAACUUUGCAACUUCAGACGAUCGCUGA